CAUUGAUGCUCGUUUCUGCUCCUCAGCAGGAAAACACGCGGGAGACUGAAUACUAAUCAGAAGGAGGAUGUUUCGGAGAGCUGUAGUCGGUUAGCUGUUAGCUCCAGCACCCGGACAUUGUACAUAAACGUGCUGAAUCCCAGCUCCAUUUGCGCGCGACGGUGUCAGUAUUGCGCGUUUUAAUUCUGAUCAAACAAACAACAACAAAAAAAAAGAUAGGAGACAGAAGUAUCUGGAGGAUAUGGACCUGUGGGGUUACUCAGAUUUUUUGGAUCUUGUUUAAGAAACGGACAGCAGCCUACCAGUUUAACGCUGGAAAUCUCAGAGUCCACCUAGGCUGAAGAGGAAGAAAGGGAAGUGAAGCUUGCUGCCUGGCAGCACUGAUGUCUGUCAGCUCUAACGCAUAUCUUGGCUCGCUUUUAAUGCCUGGACCGUGUGAUUUUAAGACCACACUAGAGGAAGAUUUCUUCAACAUGAAUACAGACAGCGGAGGACGAGCGCACAAGAGCACCACGCUCUCACUCACACUAACCCCCAUGAAGAGAAUCCAGAGUUCCCCAAAUCUGUGUGGGCUUGCAGGCACAGAAUCUCCAGUGACAGAUUCAGAUAUGUGGUGGAACUACAGUACUGGAGAUGCUCUAAGAAAUGGCAACAUGGCCAGUUCCUCUUUGGCAGCUAAAGGGUACAGAAGUGUUAGGCCGAACCUGCAGGAUAAGAAGUCGCCCACACCGGGCCUCGCUCCUCACAGAGAGAGCUCUCAGCUGCAUCCUCCUGACUGUAAUCCAGGAACAUUUAGCCUCCAUAAUUAUCCCACACAAUGUCAUGAUGGCGCACUGCUCAUAACACACAACUCAUUCUCCAGGGGAGCGAUAUCUGCAAGCUCAGAGCAGAGCUACAGAGGCAACCAGUUCUCUGACUCUGACACCACUGCCUCGGGAGAGCCUCCCAGCUUUAGCAAUUUCCCCAAUGUAUGUGGCCCUGAGAAACCUAACAUGCAUCCAUCGCCCUUAGAUCACCUUAACUCACACUCCCUGGAUAGGCAGAAAAAGAGACAUGUAGCCUCUCUGACCAUUUGCAUUACACCACGGCAUCAGACAGAAGGCAGAUACACACAGACUCUGUCUCUCAGCCCCCAUACUCCACCCAAAAGGAAGGACCCUCUGGAUUCCAGAACAGUCUUUUACUCUUCACUGCCCCCUGCAGUCCAACAAGUGGCCUACCCAGGACCAGUGCUGGCCACCCGCUUGCCCUCUAACAGGCCACACUUCUCCACUGACUACACCUGCUCUCAGGCCUCUGAGCACCAGUCACAUCCUCUUUCCCACGGGCUUGCCUAUUCCAACUUGGAUCCAUAUCCAGUUCCGAGUGUCUGUUCCUCUCGUGCUCAGAGCCUGUCUUCUAUAGCCAUGCUGGAGGAGCUGAGAACAUGUGGAGUAGACUCGGAGGGAGGUUCUGAGACCCCUUCACCCACCCACUGCCAGCUGAGCAGUUCCACUGACAACAUGGCGAUAGACAUCCCUACAGCUAGCACUGCGAAUGGCCAAGGAACAGUAAAUGGAAGUGUUGGUGUGACUGCAGGCCUAAAGAGUCACCUCCACAGACCCUUUUCCCCUUCCACAUACCCUCCUCUUCCCUCUUUCAGCCCUACUCUCACAGCCAUGCAGCAGGGCCGGAGCACUCCCUCUGAGUCCAUUUCUCCAGUCUAUGCUACUGUGGGAUUAGUAACUUCUAUGAAUGCACCAGAUGAUGAGAGGAGAGGUACAGUGGGCAAAGCUCCCAAUUACUCAGGCUUUGGCCCUGUGGAUGAGUCUGGAGAUCCCAUUGCAACCAGGACUACUGUGGACAGACCAAAAGACUGGUACAAGAAUAUGUUCAAGCAGAUUCACAUGGUGCAUAAACCAGAGUUUGAAUAUUCUUCUUCCCAUACGGUCACUCAACCUACUAUAGACAACGAGAAGCAUAGUCCAAAUAAUAAUGUCCAGGCACACCCUGCACCUAAGAGCACUACAUACAGACCCAUAACUAAGAGCAUCUCUGAUAAUGGCACAUGCGGAUUCAGAACAUCCAGCUCCUCUUCCCUGCCAACUUCGUCAUCAGCUCAGCCAAUGUCUCACAACCGUAAUAUCCACCAGAGUGGCAGCAGCACUCCAGACAUAAAUCAGUGGGGUCCUCCAGAUAGAAAAGUGGACACUCGCAAAUACAGAGCCGAGCCCAGGAGUAUCUUUGACUACGAGCCAGGGAAAUCCUCUAUUCUAGAUCAAGAGAAAGCAAUGAAUAACUUAACACCAGAAGAGCUAGCUUUAGAGAAUGAGCCCUGGUAUAAGUUCUUUUCAGAGCUGGAGUUUGGACGGCCGCCUCCUAAAAAACGCCUGGAUUAUGAUCCGGAGAGUGCUCUCCGAAUACGUAAUGAGACCUUUCUUUAUCAGCCUUCUGCUGACAGGAGCUUUGAACGGCCCUCGAGUUCUGCCAGCGAUAACAGGACGAGAAGGAAGUCAGAGCCCACGGCCUCCCAGUCUCGGACUCAAAGCUCAAUAAGCUCCACCCAGAGCAUCGGAAAAACAGCUAAGAUUCAUCCUCCUGACCUUCCUGAACCAACCAGGACCAGGAGCACCCAGAGAAAGUCCUUAAACACCCCUUCCACUUCCUCCUUAUCGAGGUCAAAAGAUCAAGACACAUCCAGAGGUUAUUCCUACCCUGACGUAGGCCGACAAACUCCACAGAGCAGGAGGCCUACACCUGAAGUCAGAGAGAAACUGCCAGCCAGAGCUAUAUACGAUUUUAAGGCACUGACAGCGAAAGAGCUUUCAUUCAAUAAAGGAGAGAUUGUAUACAUCACACGGCAGAUAGAUAAUAACUGGUAUGAAGGAGAACACCAUGGGAAAGUGGGCAUCUUUCCUAUUUCUUAUGUGGAGAAAAUCUCGCCAUCAGACAGACAACAGCCUGUAAGGCCACCUCCUCCUGCCCAGAGUACAGAGAUUGGAGAAGCUGUGGCUCGCUACAACUUCAGCGCAGACACUAAUGUGGAGCUUUCUUUAAGAAAGGGUGAGCGUGUUAUAGUGCUGCGCCAAGUGGACCAGAACUGGUUUGCAGGAAAGAUCCCUGGGACAAACAAACAUGGCAUCUUUCCAGUGUCUUAUGUAGACAUCAUCAAGAAAUCACCUAUAAAAAGUCCUAGCCAGUCACCAGGAGUUGCACAUAGUUCCUCCAGCGACCGAAUGAACAGCAGGCCAUCAUCUGCACACCUCAUGACCUGCUCUCCCUCGUCCACUACCCGCCAGCCCACAUCACCCUCCCUCAGCUCCCAGAGAGCAGCUCAUCUCCAGGCAGUGACUGGCGAGUGGCUCGCCCUCACCCUCGGUCUGUCUCCCUCAGGCACUCCUGCCCCUACACCUCCCCCUUUACCCUCUAAUUUUCAGCUAGAUUAUGAAAGGCUGGACUCCCCUGCUGCCACUGCUCUGGGCCCCUUCCCUUCCCUCACGCCCCGCACCCUCACCUCUCCACUCAAAGAGGGUCACUUUGUUCCUAUAAGCUCUCCAAAAUCGUACAUGUCACCUGAGCCCAGUCCCUCACCUCAGGCCUACCUCACUUCAGCCUCUUUUACCCCUUCCCCUAUCUCCCCUACUUUUGACUCCAGCCCCAAGUGUGGCAGUGUAAUUGAAGUGAACACAAGUCUCAAGCCUGGUCUGCUUGAGAAAGAGCUACGUUUUUUAGAUAGCUGUGGCUUUGAGAAGUUGGACUCACCAAGAUCUUGCUGCCCAAUUGAUCUGGUUGUGUAUGAGCCUGAUGAUCAACCAUCAUCCUCAAAGUACCCCUUAUCCUCCAGAGAAACUGAGGAGGAUGUUUGUGAAGAGCUUGUGUCCAUCAUCCAGGCCUGUCAGGCAGAGCGCCCCAUUGUGGAGACAGCAGAUUUUUAUAGGCAAGAGCUGACUGCUUCAGAAGAUUUACCCAAACUGUUCAUAGAGGAGGAUCCAGGUGAAGACAGCAGGGCUUAUUCAGACUCCCAGCCAUCAAAUACCUUCACUCCAGUUCGCCCGGUUUGUAGUCUGAUGUCAGAUCAUGAGCAGGCCGAAAGUCCCCCUAUGAGUCCAUCAUCCCCUAUCUCUUCAAAGCCUUUGAUUUCCACAUCCCCUACAUUUCCCAAGUUCUCCUCCCCCCGCUCCACCCCUCCACUCCCCGGGGUGUCUCAUUCCCCUCCUCCUUCCUCCAAACAGCUCCGCUCCUCCAAGGUCAAGCCUGUGUUAAGGCAUGAUGUUGUGGUUGUCGGUAAGCCCCCCCGUAGCCCUGUGAUGUCUAGGAGGUCCUGUGGAUCGCCUGUUAGAGGGCAAAACUAUUCACCGUCCCAUAGGCGUCCAACACAGGAUUCUCUGGAAGGUGGUGGAGAACCGUUUCAGGCCCUGUAUACUUACAUGCCACGCAACGAGGAUGAGCUGGAACUGAAAGAAGGAGACAUUGUCGAUGUGAUGGAGAAAUGUGAUGAUGGCUGGUUUGUAGGGACGUCCAGGAAGACCAAUUUUUUUGGAACCUUCCCCGGAAACUAUGUGAAGAAGCUCUAAGCUGAACUUCUCUCUCUGUUCGUCUGUACCCUUCUGCUGAAGCCACAAAGAGUAGAUGGAGAAUGUCGCCUGUUUGUCAGCAUCAUAAUAUUACCAUCAGCCCAAAACUGCAUGAGAAACGUGUGUGAAAACUAGUCUCAUUGGUCUUGGAGUGGAUUAUUACACCUUGUACAUUAGCUGAAGGACUGGAAUCCCUCAGUUCUCAAACAAUCAUAUAUAAACAUGGAAUUGCAUCAAAGACUUCAAAAGAUGGCUUUUUGGAUUGCCUAUAUUUUUAACAUUAUUUUUCAUUAAAAAACAAUCGGCAUGCCGGCCUUUUAGUAAAGAUGACGAAUUUCAAAGGAAAGAAUUAACAAAGUGCCCUAUUUAUCUUUAUUUAUUGAGAGGCAUAUAUAUUUUUUCUUGUUUUUGGGGUACAUUGGAAGGUUUAGAAAAUAGAUUAGGAAUGUUGUGUUGUUAUGGAGACAAGGACGUGCCCCUGCUAAUCUGAACCUGCAGUCUGAUCUAAUCUACAUCUAGAUUGACCAGUAUUGCAGUGUCAUGCUGAGUCUUCACUACACCUAGCACAUGCACAUACAACAUGGUUCAGAAUAAACGCCCUCACAUUUUCGAUGGUUUCUGUCCCUCCGGCAUUCCUAUAAAUAUAUGAAGGAUUUUCUAAAUGCUUAUCACAUUUUUUAGGUCAGAGAAUGUCAUGUUUUAUACAAUGCAAAAGUCAUUAACAUUGAUUUUUUUUUUUUUUUUUGAGAAUAACAGUUCGCACUGCAUAGCUGUUGUUUUUGCAUUGUAAUGGUAUCAUUUAAUUGAACCACAAUAAUGCCUACUGCCUAAUGCUAAUAUUUAAUGCCAUAUGAUCAUGCACACUGUAAUCUUUUAUUUAUAACUCAACAUGAUAUAGCUUGUAUGUAAUAUGGCCUUUUAAUAUAUAUGAAUCUGAGUGAAAUGUGUAUUUUAAAAAAAAAAGAAAUCUAUUAUUUUAAUCCAUUCAUUCAAUAAGUGCUAUUCUCUUUCAAAAAUUAUUAUAUAUUUUGUUAAAUUUUAUUCUUCAAUACGUGUUUUGUUCAGGCUUUAAGAAAUUACAAUUCAUUUUUUAAUUUUUUUUUUUUUCCAAAUUCUACCCAGAAGCUAAAUCUCCCCAUCACAGGACUGAGGAGGGUGGAGUAAACAUGUACUUCCUCAGAGACACAUGAAUCCAUCGUAUCUUUUCAAACUGUUACUCAUAGAGCAUUAAAAGGUAGCUUAAUACACUUUGGAGGAAAGCACUAUCUACCUUGUAAUCAAUACAUGAGCUCAUAGAUAUCCACGAUCACCUAGUGUCGCUCUGAAUUACAGGAGAGAGACAGUAAUGCCAUCUCUUCCACCUUGAGAGCGUGGACAAUUUGAUUCUCUUGACUCACGAAUAGCUGUGGUAUCAUAGGGAGCUGGAGGACAGGCAAAAGCUUUUCUGUUGCAUCACUCUGGAGUCCCCCAAACCUUAUGGUUUGUCUCAAGCACAAAAUUCAUCCAAAAGCACCUGCGUUAUCUGUGUUGUCAUGCAUUAGUUUACCAGCUUCUUCAUAAAGCAUUAAACAAUCAGUGCAAGAUUCCAAUCAAAUCUACAGUAUGUAAAAGUCUAAAAAUGUCUCCAGUGACCUCAUGAAAAUAAUAAUGACACUGUUCUACUGUGGAGAGGAAGAGACUUAGCACUAAAUGGAGCUAUAGCUUCAUGAUCACUGACCUCAACAAGUAUUAAAGUUACCCAGUAACCACUGCAGUGCUUUGUGUUGGUGUCUUAGUUACAUGAGAACCGUGCGCUUAUUUAAACUAGAUCCCUAGUCUUCCACCUUUAAGUAGCAGAAGUGAGGUAUAGUUGCUGUUAUAUUGUACUCGGUGAAUAACUCUACCCAUGUCCUUUAUGCAAUUCAGUGUAGAAUAUAACACAAAACUAUGUAUAUCUGUCCAGGAAAUGAAGUGUCCAAGUGUUAACUGUGUAAAAGAUGGAAAUAUAUAGAAGAAUUAAUUUGACACUAUGUUUAAACGGACUGUAAGGCAUAAAGAUGCAAAUCAACAAUAACCAGAUGAAUCAAAUCAAUGUGAUUGAAUUAUAAAGACUAUCAUGUUCAAGUUUUGUCAUACUAAUAUUGAUUAACUGAACACUUAACAAAUGUGCAGUAUUUUUUUCAUACUGUGAUUAUCUGAUGCUCAGUAAAUUAAAAAGAUGUAAUUAGAUCAGUGUUGAGAUGCCAAAUAUGUACACUACAGGCCAACUGCGUGAAAGCAACACCAGCAAUGUAAAUCUUAAAACAUUUCCUUUUACAUGGUGAAAAAAAUAUGUGUAUUAACUUGGAUGAAAAGAGUUGGCUGGAUGCCUGCAGCAGUUGUGUACGGCUGAAUUCAAAAGGUUUUAUAUCUAGCAAAAAAAAAUGGGCUCCUUUUGCUUGACUGAUUUCAGACAUCCUUUUAUGAAGUUUCAUCAUGUAUGUUGCUGGUAUAACAUUCCAAGCCUUUGUAAAUCCUUUCUAAAUCAUUUUUGACAUGUUUUUCUAACUGAGCAGUCGGACUGGAGGAUACCUUAGUAAAUGUAUAAUAAACAUCAUAUUAUGUUGGUUAAGAAUUCAUUAAAAAAAAAAAAAAUCACAGCUUGUUUCCACACUUUUGGCCUGUAGUAUGUAUAUAUAUAUAUGUGUGUGUGUAUAUACUGUAGUUAAAGAUCACAGUGUCUUCCCAUCUGUGGACAGUAUAUGCAGACGUCCACCAGGACAUCAUCUCUAAAAGCAAUCUCUUCAACCCAAGGCCAAUGUUUAUUUUUAUAUUUCUUUCUUGUUUCUCUCUGUGGAACUGUACAUUUAAUAAAUAGUCGCUAAUC